AUGGCUCAAUCUUCUUCAAAGGGUGCCAACUAUCUUGAAGAGAUCAAUAGCUGGAAGGAAGACAUCAAGAAGCAGGCAGAGGAGUUGGUUCUAAAAACCUUUCCCCGAAAAACACUGGAACUACACCAACUUUUUACUAGCCCGAAAUUCAACAUUAAGCACUUGAGUGCGAUCAAAACCGACAUAAACAUCCCGGUUCCAGAUUAUCCUUAUGUGAAAGAUGUUAGCAGCAUCAGCAACAACCACGACGGCGAGUCACCUUCCAAGAGUCAGUCUAAAAAACGCAAAUAUCUCGCAAUUUCAAAAGAUGAUGAUUUGAAAAAUGAUGCCGGCUCUCGUGUUCUCGUCUUACCAUACGGCUCUGUGCCCUGCAAUAAAAACAUUGUGGCGCUCAUAGACAUUGUCAAGCCGCUUAUUCGCCAACUAGUGGAAGACAGCAACCUGCUUAAAAUGUGGAUUCUUUUCCUCAUUCCUCGGAUUGAAGACGGCAAUAAUUUUGGUGUGAGCAUCCAGGAGGACACUCUCGGAGAGAUUCGUACUGUCGAAGCGGAAGCUUCUGCAUACUUUGAUCAAAUGUCUCGAUACUUUCUCGGCAGAGCUAAGAUUGUGACCAAAAUUGCCAAGUACCCUCAUGUAGAAGAUUUUCGUCGCAACGUAGAGGAGAUUGACGAGAAAGAGUUCCUCAGCCUUCGAUUAAUUGUCGCUGAACUUCGCAACCACUACGCUUCUCUACAUGAUAUUGUAACAAAAAAUCUAGAGAAGAUUAAGCUGCCUCGAACCUCUAACACUUCAACGAUGUAUUGA